AUGUCCCAAAACGGUAUUGCAACGUUGUUAAAGGCCGAAAAGGAGGCCCAUGAAAUUGUGGCCAAGGCUAGACAACAUAGACAGGAGCUUUUGAAGCAAGCCAAGACUGAUGCGGCUGCUGAAAUUGCCCAAUAUAAGGCCAAGAAGGAACAAGAAUUGAAGCAGAUCGAAGCUUCUAAUGAAGGUGGUGUCGAAGGUUUGGAAAAAGAAGCUGAACAAUCAGUGCAGCAAGAGUUAAAGGAAAUCAAGGAAGUAGCAUCCAAGAAGGAAGAUGACGUGGUGAAAUUGUUGAUCAAGGCCGUCACGGCGCCUGCUGCUGAAAUGCACAUCAAUGCUUCUUAA